GGCCUGCGCAAAACUAGCAUAAUGUGGUUUUGCACCACCAGAGGGAGAACUCGAACUACACCGUAGACCAGACCAAAGCGGAUUAGACCGGAAUCUGUGUCGUUCAGUCCAGUGUUUUGAAACGAACGAAAUGGUCAGGUGGAAAGCCACUCGAAAUUAAAAAGUAUUCCGUUUUAUAGCGCAUUUCUUGUAAAUUAUGUUACACUCCUUUUUAUAAUAUUAAUUCAAGAUUUUUUAAAGUUGAUUGAAGUUGUAAACAAUGGAAGCCCUGUGGACAAAAAUCGAAGACCCUCUUUCAUUGAUUAGCUUCAUGGUUCCACCCUUGAGGUUACUGUCUGCAGCCAUGUGGCAGGUGACAGAACAGAGACAGGUGAAGCACUAUAGGAUGCUGGAGGAGUUUGUAAUCAUGGUGACAGAGACUGUGCCAGAGCUUCUAAAUGACCAUCAAAGAGCUCAGCUUAUACUUGGCUUAAGAGCAAGGCGUCUUCUGGAGCUGUGUCGUGGUCAACAUCAGGUCAACCUGGAAGAAAUUCAGCUGCACAUAGAUCGAAUCCGUGCUCCUGUCAACCGUGAUGAGGUUGUUGAUGAAGAUAUAGAGGAAUCUGAGGCUUGCUUCUUGGACCUCAUUCGGACUCUUAUCAGCAACCCUGAAGAGAGGGAGCAUUUCUUCAAGAACAUUUUCCCAGAUGAAUACGGACCCAAGUUUGACAAAACCCUACAGGAACUUAUGGAAGAUUUCCUCCUACAGCUGGACCACAUGAUUUCAGUCCCAGACCUUUCAGAGACGGUUUCUUGGCUCAGGGCCUGUCCGUCUCUUCUGGAGGAAUGCAUUCAUUCAGUUUCGGUCCCGAAGCAAAUGAAGACUCUGCUUGAACGACACAGAGCUAAUGGAAAUCUUCAGGACAAUGCUCAUAACAGCUUUACAUUUUCAUCGCAAUCUCUCCCUCCUCUGGUUCGAGUCGUCAUAUCCAGCGAUCACACAGAAUCUGGCGACCCCUCCGAAUCGGGAGCUGAUUUUGAUGGUCAAGACAAAGAUUACUGCCACACUGAUCUGGAUACGCCCAGCUGCAAGUCUAAAAAGAGAAAAUUCACAAUAGAUACAGAGGAGAGAGAAGAUGAAGAGGAUGACAAUGAUCAAAACUGGCCAAUCAUGGGUGCCCUAUCUAGAGAAAAAAGGAACAGAUAUGAUGACGGCUCUAUUGGUGAAGAGCUGAAUCAGACACACACCAAAAAAACCUCGAAAAAAUCCUCUAAAAGGAAAAGAGACGACAGUGCAGAAGUGUCCAGAGAGUUUACAUUUAUCAAUCAUUUGGGGGCAUACACAGAAGAAUCUUCCUACCAGACCUCUGAUGCUUCAAAAGUUCCUUGGUCAGAGGAAGAAACGUUCUGCCUCAUUGACAUAUGGGGGAAAGACAGCGUCCAGCGAAGUCUUAAAGACUGUGCCCGCAACCGACACAUUUUUAACCUCAUCUCUAAGAAGAUGUUCGAGAGAGGGUUUACCAGAACAGCAGAGCAGUGUCACACCAGGAUAAAACGCUUAAAAAUGAGCUUUCGACAAUGCCAUGAAAACACUGUGAGAGGAGAAAGACCGGAAUGGAAGUUCUAUAAUGUUCUGGAGAAAAUUAUCUGCCGGAAAGACUCUACAGAACAGGAAAAGAGUAUCAAUGAUGUCACCAUUCCAGAAGAAUCCUCAGGACAGCAGGCAGAAGACGACACUGAUUGGGAUGUUCUUGGUCACGUCGGACUAGAGGGCACCAGGAAUAUCCCAUGGACAGACCUGGAGACGCAAACCCUCAUCAGGAUCUGGGGAGAAGACAAAACCCAGCGGGAGCUGCGAGGAGUUCUCCAGAACGGACACAUCUUUGCCAUGAUCUCCAAAAAGAUGGCCGCUCGCGGUUACGUCCGAACAGCAGAGCAAUGUCAAAGUAGAGUGAAAAGACUGAAGCUGUGCUUCAAACAGUCUCACGAGAGUAAACACACUGAGGGAAAAGAGCACGUUGAAUUUAAAUUCUAUAAACAGAUGGAGAGAAUUAUGGCUAAUGAAGAGUCAUGCUCAUCACAGAUCAAAGAGGAGGGGACUACGGACAUCGAAUACCAGGUGUACAAAUACCAGGAAAUAGAAACCACAAUGAACUGCAUGGAUGAUAGAAAGAAGGUCGCCUGGUCCGAUGCAGAGACGCUGAUUCUCCUACAGUUAUGGGGUAAUGAACAGGUCCAGCAGAACCUUCAGCGUUGCCCUCACAACGGCCCCAUCUACUCAGAGAUCUCUGAGAAGCUGAACGCUUACGGAUACCUGCGCUCCGCUGAGCAGUGCCAUACCAGAAUCAAACGACUCAAAAUCUGCUACAGGCAGUGCAAGGACAGCAUCAGUUCACCUGAAUCUGAACGUGUAGAAUUUAAAUUCUAUGACCUGAUGGAAGACAUUUUUCAAAAGAAAGCUUCAUCCAAAGUGUCAGAAGAUAAUGAACCCAACAAUGACUUGAAAUCAGACACCUGCAGCAGGGUGGACCAGACAGCAUCCUGGUCAGACUCUGAAACUGUGGCUCUAUUAGACAUUUGGGCAGAAGAUGAGGUGCAGGAAGCCCUGAGAGGAUCUGUCCAUAAUGGCCAUGUGUUUGCUGAUAUAGCAGAGAAACUGAACAGUCGGGGAUUCUUCAAAACACCAGAGCAAUGCAGAUGGAAGAUCAAGAACCUGACAAAGAAUUUCCGACAAUGUUACGAAAGGAAAAAAUGUGGCAUAGAGAAUAUAGAUUGUAAAUACUAUGAUAAACUGGAGCAGGUUCUUGGUGAUGAGGCCUUUUCCAUGGAUGUCUUUGAUGAACAUGAUCAGGAUGCAGAAUACCAGCAGGCAGCCAUGCUAGCCGUAUCUGAAUCGGGCAGGAAGAUGACCUGGUCCGACCGGGAGACGCAGGCCCUGCUGGAUAUCUGGGGUGAUGCCCGUGUGCAGCACAGCCUCAUGUCCUGCCCGAAAAACAGGCACAUAUACAGAUAUAUUUCAAAGAGAAUGAUGGCACUGGGUUUCAACAGAACGGGUGUCCAAUGCCACUCGCGUGUAAAAAGACUCAAGUCCCAGUUUUACUACGAUGGCAGGGAGGAGUGUAAAUUCUAUGAUCAACUGGAGCAGAUUAUUUUAAAGGACAGAACAUCUGAUGACCAGGACGUCAGUGAUCUGGAAUCCAUAACCGAUUCUGAUUCAGACUCUUUAGCUCUCUCCAAACCUCCGACUGUGGACGGGCCGAAGCUGGCAUGGGGUGACAGUGAGACACACACACUUAUAUCCAUCUGGGGGAGCGACCCUAUCCAGGAGAGGCUGAAAGGUUGCGUCAAACGCAAACCUGUUUUCCAGCAAAUCGCACUGGUCAUGGCUGAGAAGGGCUACAGCAGGACAGAUGAACAGUGUCGCUCCAGGAUUAAAAGACUGAAGGCCAGUUACCGCCAGUGUCUUGAUAAUUACAGAAAUGAAGGGGAGCAGGUGGAGUGGAAGUUCUUCAAGCAGCUAAAUAAAAUAUUCGAGAAGUACCCUCUAGAUGAGACUGAAACCACCACGGCUAAGGAGCCAGAGACGGUUGGGAGAAAAAACCCUAGCAGAUCUGCAAAAGCACAGAGAUCAAGGUGAUUCUGAACUGCAAAUAUGUUGUCCUGAUUUGAUCCAAAAGAAACCGCAAAAAUAAUGUGUGCAGAGGCAUCAAACUACAAAUGGAGAAUGAGGAGAACGUAUUUUAACAUUGAAAAUGUACAUACUUCACAUUUAUUAUGUCAAGUGUAUAUGGGGGAAAAAAAAUUCAUCAGGAAAUAUACACUACCGUUUAAAAGGUUUGGGUAAAGAAAUUAAGUCUUCUUAUUCAACAGUGACACAUUAAUCAAAAAUGACAGUAUAGACAAGGACUUCUAUUUAAAACAAAUGCUGUUCUUUUGAAUUUUCUACUCAAAGAAUCCUGAAAAUAAAUUAUCCCAGUUUACAGAAAACUAGCAGCACAACCGUUUUCAAGAUUGAUGAUAAUCAGCAUAUCAGAAUGAUUUCUAGAGAAUCAUGUGACACUGAAAGUUUGCAUCACAUGAAUUAAUUAGCCUACAUUGAAAGAUGCUUUCAAAUAAUAGAAAAUAGGUAUUUUACAUUUUAAUGUAGGAAAUUUUUAUUUCACAAUAUUAGUUUUUAGAAUAUUUUUCAUGAAAGAAAAUGCAUACUCAUUUCAGACUUAUUUUAAAACUUUGAACGGUAGUGUAUGUUUGAGAACUCAUUUUACUUGUUGAUCAACCAUAUUUUGUUACUGCACUCUCUCUGUCUGACUAUGUUACACUUGUGCCCCUGAAUUACCUCUGGAGAGAGACACUCAAAUUCUCCUGUAUAUCUAAGCUUAGGAAUAUAGAUCAGAUCUGAUGGAGGUAUUUUCUUUCAUGUGGACUGUGGAGUAUGGAUUAAGGACAAACACAAACCUUUAAUUGUCUGAAAUCCAAGCAACAUAAAUGCAGGACCUUAGAUGUUCGGGUUCUCUCUGAACUCUGCAUUCGUAUAUGUACAUCUGAAAGACAUUUGCCUAAUGGUGCUAUUGUCAUGUUUUCACAGGGUAAAAUCUAACACUGAAAUGUAAUUAGUCUCAGCUGCUUGGCAGCUUCAAUAGUGUGGGGAUGGGAUGGCAGUUUUGGUUUUGCAUAGCAUGAAGCGAACUGCAUCCUGAAGCCACAGUUCUAUUACUGAAUAAUUAACAGAAAGUAGCAACAAGAAUUAGAAAAACCAAGUCUGAAUUUGUAACAAAUAGCCCUUGUCUGAAGUAUUUUAGAACAUAAUGGAAUAACUGGAUGGAAUUCUUCCUAGUGCAGACUAAUUUCUCAUCUGAAUGCAUAAUCUUUCCAAAAAAAGAAACUUCCAGAAAAUGGAUUUGUAUUGUAUAUUUGUAACAUAAAAAGAAACAAAUUUGUGCUACAUGAAAAAAAAACACUGAAAAAAAUUUCCGUUUUGUACAAAAGCAUCUGCUUUUAAAUUACAUUUGCGAGAUUUAAAAAAUUUGAUAUAUAUAUAUAAACAAAUGUAAGUUAGUGUUACACAGGAUGAUGCCAAAGGUCAUUGCCUAAAUUUAAUCUCCAUAUAAGUGUGUACCCAAUGUGUAUUGGCAUUAGCCAAAUUAAUGGGUUAAAUUAAAAUUGUCAUAAUUUACUCACCCUCAUGUCGUUCCAAACCUGUCAGAUUUUCACUCAUCAUCAAAACAAUAAUGAAGAUAUUUUAUUCCAAUCUGAGAGAUUUCUGUCCUUCCAUUGACAGCUACACAACUACCCCUUUGACGGUCAAAAAAAUCACCAGUAAGUAAAUAAAAGCCUUAAUUAAAUCUGUUCACUGAAUACUCAUGAAUACUCUGGAGUCAUAUGGAUUAGUUUUACGAUCUCUUUAUGAACUUUUUGAAGCGUUAAAAUUGUAGCUACAUGGAAUGUCAAUGGAGGGACAGAAAUAACUGAUUUAAUAAAAAUAUCUUUGUCUUUUGAAGAUGAACGACAGGUUAUCUUUUUUAAGUUGAACUAACCUUUAAGAUCCGAGUCAGUAAAGUAAGUUUGUGAACAAAUACACAUUGCAUUGCUCAGCGAUCGUGAAAGAGUGGACAGUGUUAUUGUUACAGCUCUUCCAGACAAUAUUCUGGAGUGAGUUUAUCCAAUAUGCUUCUAAAUUGUCCAAGGUGGACAACCAUUUGGAAUUGUUGUUUUUUUGUUGUUUUGAGUUUUAAAUCUCAAAUUGAUUCUGUUCUUAGGCGUUUUACUGUGCAAUAAACAGAUUAUUUAUUUG